CAGGGUGGGGUAUCAGCAGACAGAUUAACACUACCCCUGAAGGAGCCAUGGUGCCCCCCCCCCAGAGAGACGGCCAGAGGGUGGGCCGGACGGACAGACAGACAGACGGCCAAAGGGAGGGCCAGACAGACAGACAGCCAGACAGAUACCCUGUGGCGGAGGUACAGUAGUGGAGGCACCGUGAUUCUCUUGAGUAAUUAGUCUCUAUCAACAGUAGCUGACUGACAGAGGGAGUAAGGGGACAAACUGUCCUCACAAAGAACUAAAUAGAAGCUGAAUGACAGACCAAGGAAUGGAGAACCAUGACAAGGGUGGAGGUGAAGCAGGAGGAGAAGGAGACAAGAAACAUCUCCCAGAGGAGGUGAGCGAGAGCGACAAGGAGACCAAGGACCAGCGCAACAAGGCGGAGAAGGGAGAGAAGGAGACAGAGAAUAAUGGCAGUGAAAAGGAGAGGGUUGAGGGGAAAAGGGAAAGCUGUCGUCGCUCAGGCUCCCUGUGGAGGGGGGGCUGGGCCCUGACGGAGCGGCUAGCCAUCAACGUGUCGGGGAUGCGCUACGAGACACAGCUCCGCACUCUGGCCCAGUUCCCCGACUCCCUCCUGGGGGACCCUAACCGCAGAAUUCGCUACUUUGACCCUCUGCGCAAUGAGCUGUUCCUGGACCGGAACCGGAACUGCUUUGACGCCAUCCUCUACUUCUACCAGUCUGGCGGGCGGCUGCGGCGGCCUGCCAACGUGCCCCUGGAUGUGUUCUUGGAUGAGCUGCGCUUCUAUGAGCUUGGUGAGGAGAUCAUGGAACGCUUCAAGGAGGAUGAGGGCUUCCCCAAGGAGGAGGUGCCUGCGCUGCCUGAGAACGAGAUGCAGAGGAAGGUUUGGAUGCUUUUUGAGCACCCAGAAUCCUCCUCGGGCGCACGCAUCAUCGCCAUCAUCAGCGUCAUGGUCAUUGUGGUGUCCAUCGCCAUCUUCUGCUUGGAGACGCUGCCUGACUUCAGGAACGAGAAGGAGCUCCGAGAGAAAUUCACCUACCAGCCCCAUCCUACCCUCCCCAACAUCACCAUCCUGGUCCCUCCCACUGGCAGUGCUUUCCAUGACCCCUUCUUCCAGGUGGAGACCAUAUGUAUCUUCUGGUUCUCCUUUGAGCUCAUUAUGCGCUUAGCCAUCCCCAGUAAGCUCCACUUCUUCAAGGACGUGAUGAACACUAUCGACUUCCUCGCCAUCAUUCCCUUCUUCGUCACUCUGGGCACAGAGCUGGCCAGGGACAAAACCUCCAACAAGGACCCGGGCAUGUCUUUGGCCAUCAUCAGGGUCAUUAGGCUGGUCAGGGUGUUCAGGAUCUUCAAGCUGUCGCGUCACUCCAAGGGCCUGCAGAUCCUGGGCCAGACUCUGAAGGCCAGCCUGAGAGAGCUGGCCCUGCUCAUCUUCUUCCUCUUCAUCGGAGUCAUCCUCUUCUCCAGCGCUGUCUACUUCGCCGAGGCGGACAGCCCCGACACGGUGUUCACCAGCAUCCCUGAGGCCUUCUGGUGGGCCGUGGUCUCCAUGACGACAGUGGGCUACGGGGACAUGUACCCUACGACUCUGGGGGGCAAGCUGGUGGGCUCCAUGUGUGCCAUCGCUGGUGUGCUCACCAUCUCCCUGCCAGUCCCCGUCAUUGUGUCCAACUUCAGCUACUUCUAUCACCGAGAGACGGAGUGUCUCGAGAAAAUCAGUGAGUACACCCACAUCAGCACCUCUCUCUGGGAGGGUGAGGAUGAGGAGGGAGACGAAGGGGAGGGAGAUUACACUCCCCUGUAUGUGGGCGACUGCAAGGGAAUCUGUAACCCCCUCAAUGGGACACUGCUGUCAGGACUGUGUGCGGGGCAGGACGGGUGGGAGAACAAAGGCAACGUGUACCUCAGGGAACCCCUGGUCACUCAGGUGUGAGACAGGAUAGAUGGAUAGACAGAGGAUCUGCUGAAAUAAACCCUGGUACUCUGCCUCUAAGUUAAAUAGAGAGAAAGAUAAAGGAGGAUGGCAAAGUAAAGGAGACGAGAUACAAAAAAAAUACUAUUUUACUCAAGGACUUACUUGCACGCUUGCACCGUCAAUGGCUUACACCGUUUACUACAAACAGAACUGAUGAGACCAUGGCAGAUAUUGUGACAGCUUGCGUUUUGCUAAUGUCACUGAGAAUUGAGUAUGAUGCCAUCAUAUUGACAAUAAAAACAGCUUAAACAGAAUGUAUAUUUAUUUAUGAUAUAUUUACCAGAUUGUAAUAACAGUUUAUACAGUACAUACAACUCUAGCAAUUGUAAAUGUUGGUGUUUAUAAGACAUGAGUGAAUUGCAGUGCCAUUUUAUAUGUUAUUGUGUGCUAGCUAGCUAAAUGCACAGGGCCAUUUUGAAUGUGUGUAGAGGGUUGACUAAGGGCGUUUUUACCAUUUUUGUGAACCCAGUGCAGUUUGCAAUUUUUUUUGUGCAGCGUGAACACUCUCAAAGAACUCAGACCCCCUCAGAAGAGCCCCCUAAGCAAACCAAACUGAGAUCAUCUCGAGAGCUGGUCUGAGUUCGGUUCUCUUGAAUUCCAAGGUUUGAUUCCUUUUUUAGGGCAAUGUGAACACAAAGCUCCCCAGGUUCACUUGUCAUUAUUUCCGCACCACACACUAGGCUACUGCAGCAUUGUUUCCCUUGCCGUAACCACUCACAUUGGUGCCACAAAAGAGAGAAGUAGAUGUGCAGGUUCAUGGAAAAAAACGUGAUGUUUUUUUGUAUUGAUUAGCGAUUGUCAAGAAUCCACAGAAAUGUUUAGUUUUUAGUUCAGACUAUUUGUUUGCCAUAUGUGAUCUAUAGGCUAAGAGAGGUUCAUAAACUGUUUAUUUGAUUGUGGGGUUUGAAUAGUGUGAGAAGACAACAACAUAUUUGGUGAGAAUCACAACAUAGGGUCCAAAAUCAAUUCUAGCUCUUAAAAGGGCGGUAGCCUAAAUUGGGUGUACAAUAUUCAAUUACAGUAUUAUUUAAUCUGCAGUUAUUCUUCUGCUAUUUAUUCUGUAACCAAUCAUAUUUACAUGUAGUAGUGUCUUCUGAUUAAAAUGAUUAUUUCUCCCCUUUUUUCACUAAAUGCAGUCUAUUAGCUUUCAAAAUGUAAGCAGGUGUAUAUAGCUGUCUGAUAACACGUUUUGAUGGAAUGUCUUAUCCUGCACUGCACUUUGUAAAACCCUGGAGUGCAUUGAGUGAAUUUUGGAAAAAGAUAUUGGUUCCUUUCUAAACAUGGCAAUGCAAAGAGGACUCGGACCACAGGAUAGGUGAAGUGAACUGACAAAAGAGUUGAGUCCUCAUUCAAAGAUCAGUUCUUUUAAAGAGGACUAUGUGUAAAAACACUCUGAAUGUCCUGAUGGGACUGGGCACCGUCUCUGAAAGCUAUGGCAGAAAUGCUCUGCAGUGAUAUUGUGUUGACGUGGAACACAAAGAGAUCAGCCUGGGGGCUGUGGUGCAAACAGAGAGCAGCCCUAAGUGUUGGCCCUGGGACAGUGGAGAGUUUUCAGUGUGUAAUGGAGACAGCUAGGCUGGGCGGCAGGGAAAUCUGAUCCUGGACCUGUCAGGCUUCCAGCUGACCCUUCCUCCCAAUGGCUGUGCAGGGCUAACACUAGUAGAUACCACUGGCCUAAAUCCAAACUCACCCCACUGGGUAGAAGUACUUUACUGGUCAUCCAAAUACACAUCCCUGCCCCUGUCCAUGUUACCAUGGUGCCUCAAUUAUCUUGCCUACUUAGAAUGUGUCUUAACAAAAUGCUUUGCACAGUGUUCAGUGUUUAUACUAUGCUUUAUAAAUACAGUGCCUUGCGAAAGUAUUCGGCCCCCUUGAACUUUGCGACCUUUUGCCACAUUUCAGGCUUCAAACAUAAAGAUAUAAAACUGUAUUUUUUUGUGAAGAAUCAACAACAAGUGGGACACAAUCAUGAAGUGGAACGACAUUUAUUGUAUAUUUCAAACUUUUUUAACAAAUCAAAAACUGAAAAAUUGGGCGUGCAAAAUUAUUCAGCCCCCUUAAGUUAAUACUUUGUAGCGCCACCUUUUGCUGCGAUUACAGCUGUAAGUCGCUUGGGGUAUGUCUCUAUCAGUUUUGCACAUCGAGAGACUGACAUUUUUUCCCAUUCCUCCUUGCAAAACAGCUCGAGCUCAGUGAGGUUGGAUGGAGAGCAUUUGUGAACAGCAGUUUUCAGUUCUUUCCACAGAUUCUCAAUUGGAUUCAGGUCUGGACUUUGACUUGGCCAUUCUAACACCUGGAUAUGUUUAUUUUUGAACCAUUCCAUUGUAGAUUUUGCUUUAUGUUUUGGAUCAUUGUCUUGUUGGAAGACAAAUCUCCGUCCCAGUCUCAGGUCUUUUGCAGACUCCAUCAGGUUCUUCCAGAAUGGUCCUGUAUUUGGCUCCAUCCAUCUUCCCAUCAAUUUUAACCAUCUUCCCUGUCCCUGCUGAAGAAAAACAGGUCCAAACCAUGAUGCUGCCACCACCAUGUUUGACAGUGGGGAUGGUGUGUUCAGGGUGAUGGGCUGUGUUGCUUUUACGCCAAACAUAACGUUUUGCAUUGUUGCCAAAUAGUUCCAUUUUGGUUUCAUCUGACAAGAGCACCUUCUUCCACAUGUUUGGUGUGUCUCCCAGGUGGCUUGUGGCAAACUUUAAAUGACACUUUUUAUGGAUAUCUUUAAGAAAUUGCUUUCUUCUUGCCACACUUCCAUAAAGGCCAGAUUUGUGCAAUAUACGACUGAUUGUUGUCCUAUGGACAGAGUCUCCCACCUCAGCUGUAGAUCUCUGCAGUUCAUCCAGAGUGAUCAUGGGCCUCUUGGCUGCAUCUCUGAUCAGUCUUCUCCUUGUAUGAGCUGAAAGUUUAGAGGGACGGCCAGGUCUUGGUAGAUUUGCAGUGGUCUGAUAAUCCUUCCAUUUCAAUAUUAUCGCUUGCACAGUGCUCCUUGGGAUGUUUAAAGCUUGGGAAAUCUUUUUGUAUCCAAAUCCGGCUUUAAACUUCUUCACAACAGUAUCUCGGACCUGCCUGGUGUGUUCCUUGUUCUUCAUGAUGCUCUCUGCGCUUUUAACGGACCUCUGAGACUAUCACAGUGCAGGUGCAUUUAUACAGAGACUUGAUUACACACAGGUGGAUUGUAUUUAUCAUCAUUAGUCAUUUAGGUCAACAUUGGAUCAUUCAGAGAUCCUCACUGAACUUCUGGAGAGAGGUUGCUGCACUGAAAGUAAAGGGGCUGAAUAAUUUUGCGCGCCCAAUUUUUCAGUUUUUGAUUUGUUAAAAAAGUUUGAAAUAUCCAAUAAAUGUCGUUCCACUUCAUGAUUGUGUCCCACUUGUUGUUGAUUCUUCACAAAAAAAUACAGUUUUAUAUCUUUAUGUUUGAAGCCUGAAAUGUGGCAAAAGGUCGCAAAGAUCAAGGGGGCCGAAUAUUUUCGCAAGGCACUGUAUGUUCUUAUGAUCAGAGAUUGUGAGCUGCACAGAUAGUGGGUUGUGUGUGUGCGUCUGUGUAUGUGUGUGCGCUGUGUGUGUGUAUAUGUGUGUGUGGUUACCAGUAUGUGUGUGUGUGUGUGUGUGUGUGUGUGUGUGUGUGUGUGUGUGUGUGUGUGUGUGUGUGUGUGUGUGUGUGUGUGUGUGUGUGUGU